AUGUGCGAGAUACCGACAUUGUCGAGAACCGUUCUGAUCACCGGUGCGACCGGAAAGCAAGGUGGAAGUGUCAUCACAGCUCUUCUUAAAGCAAAGGGAGAUUUUGAAAUUCUUGCCGUAACCCGUGAUGCGUCUUCUGGUGGAGCGCAGAAGCUGCAGGCAAAGUCCUCGAACAUCAAACUAGUCGAAGGCAAUCUAGAUGAGCCCGAGAAGAUAUUCGACAAUGCCCACAAGGUCACUUCUCAGCCUAUCUGGGGUGUCUUCAGUGUCCAGGUUCCGGUGCCUGGUGGGUCAAACCAAGAAGUUGAAGAGAAACAGGGCAAGGAUCUUGUCGAUGCAGCUCUCAAGAACAAUGUCAAGCACUUCGUCUACUCAUCCGUUGAUCGCGGUGGUGACGCUUCUUUUAAUAGUCCUACGCCUAUCCCCCAUUUUAUCAGCAAGCACAAGAUCGAGCAUCAUCUAGUGGAAACGACCAAGGGUAGCGAAAUGACGUGGACUAUUCUGCGCCCUGUUGCAUUCCUCGAGAACUUCACCCCUGAUUUCUUCGGUAAGGUCUUUGCCACCUGCUGGAAGAAAACAGUCAAGGAAAAGCCACUGCAGCUUAUCUCGGUGGGCGACAUCGGCUUCUUCGGCACGCAGGCCUUCAUGUUCCCUAACCAGUACCAAAACAGAGGUAUCUCUCUGGCAGGUGAUGAGCUCACCUACGGUGAGAUGGCCAAGGUCUUCAAGAAUAAGACUGGAAAGUCUGUCCCAACAACAUUUGGCUUUGUUGCCAAGGCCCUGAUGGCAAUGAUGAAGGAUUUGGGUUAUAUGUUCCAGUGGUUCUAUGAUGUGGGCUAUGGAGCAAACAUCCCGGAGUUGAGAAAGGUACAUCCUGAGUUGAAGGAUUUCCGCACUUGGCUUGAGAAAGAUAGUGGGUUUGAUAACAAAUAA